AUGUACAGGAAGCCCUUGCGGACUCCAACGCGAAAGCUGAGGAUUGCUUGUAUUGGAGCUGGCAUAUCUGCUAUGACUCUGGCGUACAAAAUCUAUCACGAGCAGACAAAUCUUGACUGCGAAAUGUGGCUGGUAAACACGUAUCCGGGUGUCGCCUGCGACGUACCAGCACACAUUUACACCUUUCCGUUCGAACCGAACCCCGAUUGGAGCGCGUUCUACGCAUCGGGUGGGGAGAUCCUGGAAUACUUCAACAAAACCGUGGCAAAGUACGCACUCGAUCGAGAUGUAAAGUGCGACCAUCGAGUGGUCAAUGCGGAGUGGAAUCCAGAUGGCGGAAAAUGGCGGCUGAAGGUGGAGACCAAGGCGGGCAUUGUUGAAGAUGAAUGCGAUGUUCUGGUCUCCGCCGUGGGGUUUCUGUCAAAGUGGAAAUGGCCAGAAAUUCCCGGCCUCCAUGAUUUCAAUGGCCAACUAAUGCAUUCGGCGUCUUGGGACAAUUCAUUUGAUUCAAAGGACAGGAAGAUUGGAGUGAUUGGAAAUGGCUCAUCUGCAAUCCAGAUUAUCCCCAAGGUCGUUGAGAAAGCGGAGACUUUGACCAAUUUCAUUCGACACCCAACAUACAUUACGCCAGGACUGGGCUCUGGAGCUAUUGGCGGCAAAGUUCAGUAUUAUUACACGGAAGCGGAGAGGAAGAGGUUCAGAGACAACCCGGAAGAAUUGAAACAGUAUCGGAAAAGGAUCCAGGCCGCAAGCAAUCGUGCAUUUGAUAUGUUUGUCAAGGGAUCCGAGGCGCAGGAACAGGGAAAGAAGGCGACUCAGGAUCAGAUGCGAGAGAAGCUGUGUGGUGAUGCUGAGCUAGCCACCAAAUUGAUCCCUGACUAUGAAGUUGGUUGUCGUCGAGCAACACCCGGACCUGGAUAUCUGGAGGCCUUCCUACGUGAGAAUGUCUCUCUCGUGACCGAUCCUAUUCAAGCCAUCGAGUCAGCAGGAAUUCGCACCAAGGACGGCACUCUUCACGAAUUCGACACGAUCGUUUGCGCCACUGGAUUUGACGUGUCUCAUCGCCCGCCUUUUCCUCUCAUAGGCCGCGACGGCCUGUCUCUGGCAAAAGCCUGGGAGAAGGAGCCGCUGUCAUACAUGUCUCUCUGUGCAUCGCAGUUUCCUAAUUUCUUCACCUUCUCGGGCCCAAACUCACCCACCGGUCAUGGGUCUCUCAUGGCAGGCCUGGGCUGGUCAGCAGACUAUAUUUGCCAAUGGUUGAAGAAGAUGAUGGAAGAAGACAUCAAGUCGAUAGAUGUCAAGCAAGAAGCGCAGGAUGAAUUCAACACGUACAGCGAUGAGAUCAUGCAAACGCUAGCCUGGAGCGGAGGGUGUCAAAGUUGGUACAAGAACCACCGUAAGAAUGGCAAGGUCACGGCUGUCUGGGCGGGUUCUGUGCUGAGUUAUCAUGAUAUGAUCGAGCAUCUACGACCAGAAGACUUCAACAUCUCGUACAGAUCGCGUAACCGCUUUCGGUUCAUGGGCAACGGGAGAACGAAGCGGGAGUACGAUCCAGACGCAGAUCUUGCAUGGUAUCUGAAGAAGUAG